AUGUAUAGAAGCCCAAUUUGGGUUGCUCCAAUACAAAAUUUCAUUGAAGAUAAUUGUGUUACAUUUAGUUAUGAUGAACUAGACGACGAUAUAGAAAAUGACGCUGUUCAAGAGGAUGAAAAAAAACGACAUCAAAUGGCUAUUCAUCGACAAUAUGCACAAUUAGUGAAAAAUUUAAUUAAUGGUUUAAAACAGGAUCUAGGUAUUGAUGAUCAAAUAUUUUCAAAAGUAUGUAGUGAAGACAAUCCAAAUUGUUUAAUGCAACACGUUUGUGAUGCAUACGAACAGUUGUGGGCGGCUGAUGAUUUCACGUUGUUUACUGAAAUGAUGAGGCGAAAAAAUUUAAUAUUACAACUUCAAGCAUUGGUUGCACUACAAUUACAUUGUGGAAUAUUGAAACAAAGUGAUACAGCAGACGACAUAAUUCUAGCAUUAUUAAUACAGGCAACAACGCAACCAGCUGAAGGAUCACGACGACAGUCUGUCACUUAUGAACCAAUUAUUCAUACGCCAACAGCAAAAAUACAGCAUCAACAAGAAGAAAGUGAGUAUAGCAGACAGGAAGAUGAUGAUGACGUAAUACAUACAACACCAGCACCAAAAAAAAACAGAACACCAAGAGAAAAUAAACAAAAACAACGAGGAAACGAAAUUAUAAGAGCUCCGUUACCUGACUUACGUCGAGCUGAUCCAAAUGAAUCAAAAUGGAUUAAAAAUAUAAAAAGUGAUCAAACAAAAGAUCAGAAAAAAGAAUAUGAAUCCGAUGAUGAGAAUGAGAACGAAGAUGAUACUAAACAAAAUCAAACAAAUCAGGUUCCAACAUCAAUAUCAUCAUUAAGCGAAGAUGAAUUACGUAAAAAAUUUAAACAAUUAACAGUUGGUUUAGAUCCGGAAGCAUUAUCAUCACGUUCAAAUUUCUUAAAGAAGCAACGUGAUUUAAUUAUAGAAAAACAAAAGAAUGAACGAAAAAAUGAAUUUGAAAAUAAUAAUGAAAAGGUUCAAAUUGAACGACCAAGAUCCGCAGCUCAAGCACGAAAAGCAUUGAAUCUAAGUGGUAAUGAAAAAUCUUCACAACCACAAAAAACGAAUGAUAUCCCUCAGGAUAAACAAUUGACCGAUGCCGAAAUUCAACGUCGCCGUGAUAUGGCAGCGAAAUUAAAACGAGAAGUGGUUGAUAAACAUUAA